GGUGAUUGCAAACCACUACUACUUCUUCCUCGGCUCGAUCCACGGUAGUUUCGAGAGUCCCGUCACCGCCUCCGUUUGUUUUAAACCGAAACCCUUCCUUCAUUUCUCGCUUGGGCGCCCGAUCGCCUGGAGAACGAAGGAUUCUUUGAGGGACGAAUCUGUUGAUUUGACGAACCGUUUUGGUUUCGAUGUUUUAAGCGUGGAGUUUGAAGCUAUCAUCAGGUGUAAAGGGGAAGAAUCUGAAGCCAUUUUCAGGUUUAUCCUCAUUUGGGAAUCAUUAGGAAAAGAAGGAAAAACAAUGAAGCUGACGGCUGUAUUGGCAAGAAUACGACCGUAGGGUAUUCUGGAUAUUCUACAAUGAAGGAAGAAGUGAAUACAUAGCCUGUCUUGGUAAGAAUUAGAUCACACAAAAAAAUCCAAAUGUUUCGUUUUGGUUCUUCCAUUGGUUGGGCUUACCGUGGUUGCAGUUCAUUAAAUCAUUUUUUUGUUAUUAGUUGCAAGGAGAUAGAUUAGGCUAAGAUUGAUGGUACCUUCAUGGAAGAUAGAUGGAUGAUAGCUGGUGUUGACUGUUCAAGGAUGGUAGGCGUAGUCUUCAAAGUUAUUUAAAGCUAUAAAAAGAGCAAUUCUGUUGAAAUAGGCUCUCUUUUUUUUUGUCGUGUCAUUAAAAAAGAAUGCCAGAGGUGAGUGAAGGGAUGGAUCAAACUUCAUCUGGGAAUGCUGUUAGUGGGUUCUGGAUUUGGAGACCUGCUUAUCCGACAGGUUUAAGAAGAUCCAGAUUAAGCCAUCUCCAGAAUUUUGUGACCCCAACUGAUAACAAGGAAAAUAUUCCUCCAACAAGUGCAAGGCGCUCAGUUAGGCAAAGGAAGAGUCCGCUGCCAUAUUGGUAUCCUCGAACUCCUCUCCGGGAUAUCACAGUUGUUGUCAAUGCUUUGGAGAGAAGACGGCUGCGUGCUAGAGCAACUAAUGUUCAGCAGAGGAACUCCAAUCUUGAGGAAUUGUCUAUGGGUAGCCCAGUAGUUGAUGAUGAGUUGAAUGCUUAUGAACAUACCCCUAUUAGUCAAAUUCUCCCUUCGGGUGGUUCUAAUACCUCUUCAAGUCCUGCAGAUACUGAUCUUAGUGAUGUUCUCUCUUCUGAAGUUUCUGAUACUUCUCCAAGUGUUGUAAAUACUUCUAAUACUCAAGUUCUCCAUUCUGAUGUUUCUGAUACCUCUCCAAGUCAUGCAGAUAGAGUCUAUACCUCGGCUACUCCUAUUGGGCAAGCUGUGAUCACGCCAUCUUCCAACACAGCCACUACUGAGCAUGCUUUGUGCUCGGAAUCUGCAGAAGAUCCAAAAACAGUGGAGUAUGAGAAGAAGCUGCAGACGAUCAUUGAGGAGUUGGAAUUAGUUGUGAAAGAGAACUUGAAGAGGACACCUUCCCGACCUGUGCAGAAGUCCACACGCAUUCUCAUGUCUAUGAGAUGAGUAUAAAACAUUUUGUUCAUGAAGGGUUAUGCCAGCAUCUCUGCUGCCUAUACCCUUUGUGAUUCUAUUGUUGCUUGGGUUUACAGGUUUAGGGCCAUAGUUAAGCCAGUAUCUCUGCUGCCUAUAUCAUAUCUGAUACUCCGUUGCUGUCGCCCAGCCCCUCUUUUCUAUACCUCUUUCGUCAAUGGUAUCACACACCUCGGUGAGAUACUAGGGUAUUGUAUAAAUCUGAAUGGUUACGGCUUGGUGAGUGUUUUUCACCAAUGUACAUAUUGCAACAGUGUUUUUUUUUUUUAAUUCUACAAAUUUGAAUCUCUUAAAGACUUAAA